UAUAAAUCUUAUUUAAUUAUGAGCGAAAAUCCAUUUGAGGUCUUAAAAGAAGACAUGGAAAAUGAAGAAGUUUAUUUAAAAGUAAAUGCAAUGCAUAGAGUGAGAGUUGUAGCCACUUUGUUGGGUAGUGAUAAAAUAAAGUCAUAAUUAAUACCAUAUUUUGAAAGUAAUAGAAAUGAUUUAAACUAGCUCUGUUAAAGAAAGAAGACGAUGAAGUACUUUUUGCAUUGGCUGAAGAAUUGGGAAAUAUUGCGUAAUGAUAUUUGCUUAUAAUUAGUUAAAUCAUCCCAAAUUAAUCAUCAUGCCUCUUGGCAUUGCUUGAAUAAUUGGCAGGCUUUGACGAAACCGUUGUAAGAGAACAAGCCGUGAGAUCCAUCACAAUAGUAUGUGGAUUUUUGGGAGACAACGAAAUAGCCAACACUAUUGUACCCAUGGUAACUUUUUGUUUAACAUAUUUUAUAGAUUAUUAGAUUAGCUUCAAAUGAUACUAAUUUUACAUGUCGUGUAUCCGCAGUCAGUUUGAUGUGUCCAUUGUAUGCCAGAGCAGGCAAUCAGAAGGAGAAAAUCAGAUAGUAAUUCAAAUUUAAAUAUUAAUUAGAAAGUUUACUGAGUUAUGCAGCGAGGAAACACCUAUGGUAAGAAGAGCAGUGGCUACUAAAAUUGGGGAAAUUGCUUAAUUUAUGGAUAAGAUCCAUGUGAUUCAGGAUUUGAUUCCUGUUUUAAAGCAACUUUGCCAAGAUGAAUAGGAUUAAGUUAGAUUAUUGUGCAUGGAAAGUUUAAUGAAUAUUGCAAAGAUUUUAAAUAGCGGGGAGAAUAAGACCAAUAUUCUACCUCUUAUUAUUUAAUCAGCUGAAGAUAAAUCAUGGAGAGUGAGAUUGGCAUUGUCUAAAAUAUUUGCAGAUGUAAAAUAAUAAUUGAUAUUCAAUUAGUUAGCAGAAGCUGUGGGCAAGGAAAUUGCAGAUUCCUCACUUAUUUAGAUAUUCUCUAAUUUGUUAAAAGACACAGAAUGUGAUGUCAGAGUAAUUGCAGUUAAAAGUUUGGCUAGAUUCAUCAAAUUUGUGUCACCAGAAAAAUUAAAUUUGAUAGUUCCACUUUUGUAACUCUUAUCGAAGGAUCCAUUCUCAUAAGUUAAAUGUAUUGAAUAUUGCGAAUUAUAGAAAAUGCAUGCGAAGUCAUUGGUCAAAUUGCUUCACUUUUGCCAAAAGAAUACAGUCAAAGCAAAUUAUAACAAUACUUAAUUGAUUUAAUGGCAGAUGACAAUUAGGAUGUAAGACGAAACGCAGCCAAAUCAGCAGGACAAUUUGCAGCUGCCAUUGGUCCAGAGGCUUUAAAUCAAUUUGUGCCUUUCCUCAAAAAAUGUAUGGAUGAUCCAAAAUGGAGAGUUAGAAAGGAGACUAUGCAAACUAUCAUUUAAUUGGCCUUGUACAAUUUUCAAUAUUUAUGUUUUAAGGACUGUCAAGAAUCCUGAUGUCUUUAAUAAGCAAUUGGAAUCAGUUUUUGUAAUGUUUUUAAAAGAUAGAGCAGCUGAAGUGAGAUCUAUGGGAUUAAGCUAAUUGCCUGCUUUGAUUGCUACUUACAAGUAAGAGUGGGCUGUGGGCAACUUCUUAUCCAAAUGUGUGGAAACCUUAUCUAAGGAUGUUGGAUCACUGUAUCGAAUCAAUGCGCUUUAUGCAAUCCAACAAAUUUCUUUUGCCGUUGAUGGCCCUGUUGCUCAGGAUAGAUUGUGGCCCAUCGUAUAGAAGUGCUUGAAAGACACUGUUCCCAAUAUAAGAUUUGUCAGCAUUAGGGUUGCUAAAUCUUUGUCAAAGAAAAUUGAUAACUAAUAAACUUUGAAUCAAAUUAAAUAGUAUUUUCGAAUUAAAUAUUUCAUAGAGCAAUUAAUGAAUUAAUCGAAGACCCAGAUAGAGAUGUUAAAUUUUAUGCAUAAGAAGCGUUAUAAAAUUGAAUGUCCAAAAUAAUAUAUAUAUAAUUAUAUAAUUAUAUAC